AUGUAUCCCUUGCUUCGACUUGGAUUUGCAUUAUACAUCUGUUCCGUUACUACAGAAAGGAGUAUUGAGUUGGCAACUGAAGAACGGACAAAUAGAUCAAAAGAUACAUAUACCAAUUUUUCUUAUGUUAUGAAUGAGUUUGAAAGCCUUGAGAACUGGAAUAGGCUAUGUAAUAUAUCACAAACUGGUCACAUUGCCUUUGAUAUUGUGUGUAUCGUUGAGGGUAACUCCAGUAUAAAGUUAUCAGAAUUUAGAAAUUUUACGAAUCAUAUAUCGUCACAUAUCCGAUUUGACUUAUCCGUUAUCUGUAAAGAUGGUAUCAUUCACUUUCCUUGGCCAUUCAGAACAGACAAACUAAAUAGAAUCUACAUCAAAGAUUGUCGAAUUAAAGAUUACAGAACUGAUUUCAAGAAUUCGUUAAUUAACAGCAUUCCCGACACAAUCAAACAUUUACAAAUGGACAACGUCACUAUUAUCCUAAGGAUUGGAGAAUUAUACGACUCAUUGUCAAAGGCUAACUCGCCUAUAACAAGAGCUGCAGAAUGUGGACCUGAAAAUGCUUUCUCUAUUAUUCAAAGAGGAACAAUGGCGAACAUUGAAGAUAUGUACAACUAUUUUAUGUUUGACCUCGAAACUGCAAUCCAGCAAUAUAAUCAUUAUUUUAACAUUCAGAAGAGAACCUGUUUGUACAACAACCUUGAAGUUUUUGAAAGUAGUGGAAUGAAAGAUUUAGAAAAAAAUGAUGUCAAUAAGAUUGUUCAUACAGACGUUGCAGAAAAUCUUAAAAUAUUGAAUUUUUCUGGUAACGGGAUGUUUGACACUAUCUAUAAAUUGCAAGGCUGGCGACUACGAUUUCCAGUAAUGGAAUAUAUAGACUUCUCCAAUAAUAACAUAAAAGUUAUUCCAAUGAUACGAGAUUACGGAAUGACUGUGAAAAAGACAAAAGCAGUAGGAUUAAUAGAUAUUAGGCGUAAUAACAUUACUUCAUUAACAAAAGGUAUGAUAGACUCGUUCUCAACACACGAAUUUGUUAAAGUCGACAUCAGUGAAAAUCCUUUCUUAUGUGAUUGUGGAAUAAUUGAAGUAAUGGAAUAUUUAUCUGCAAAGACUAUGCCAACAGCUUAUGAUUACCUCAGAACUCUAAAGUGUGAAAAUCCCUCAAAAGUCCGUGGACGUCAGAUGAUAACUCUGUCGUCGACAGAACUAAACUGUAAUAAGGAAACAGUCAUCAAUUUUCCAGUCGUCGUUAUGGGCAUCAUAACAAUUACAUUGUUCGUCAUAACUUUUUUGACAAUAUAUUUCAGAAAUAUGAUCAAAGUAAUUUUGUUUACUCGACUCAAUAUAAACUUACCAUGUGAAUUCCGAAAUGUCGCACACGAAGAAAAAGUAUAUGAUGCAUUUAUUGGCUACAGCGAGAAGGAUAUGGACUGGGUUUUACAUACAGCUUUACCAAAAUUGGAGACAGAGGACGCUGGGAGAGCAUGCAGACUAUGUCUUCAUCAUAGAGAUUUUAUAGUUGGUAAUACUAUAGCUGAUAAUAUAUACAACAGUGUUGAAAACAGCUAUCACACCAUCUUACUGAUAUCUAAUGAGUUCUUGAAAAGUGAAUGGUGCAUGAUGGAAUUCCGAACAGCUUUGAGGAAAAGUUUACACGAUAAAGGUCGUCACUUAAUAAUUGUGUUGAAGGGUAAUAUAACUGUAGAUAAUAUUGAUCCUGAUUUGAAAAGUUGUCUCAAUUCUCAUACCUAUCUUAAGAUUGGAGAUGUGUUAUUUUGGGAUAGACUGAAAUAUGCAAUAUCAUUACGACAAUAA